CAUUUUAGUACUUGAUGGUAUAAUAGUAGUGUAUUCAUUUAGCUUUGAUUCUGUUGUUGAUUCGAAAGUAUUCAACAGCAAGCUCUUGUUUGCGGAUAAUUGGUAAAGGAUUUAUUGAAAAAAAAAAACCAUUCAAUUUACUGAAGUUAUUUUACUUUCGUCUUGCUGGUUCGUGUACCAAAGACCUAAUGCCGUUCAGAGUCGAGUAGAGUUAGACCUCUAGGAAACAACUUGAGCCUUACCCAGUCUCAAGAUGGCGGCUUUAGAACUGUCUCAGUCCAUCCAGGCCUCCUCUGUCAUCCUCCGCCAGCAGCUGUACAGGCAGACGUCAAGUCGUCUGGUAGAUGCCCAGACCGGAAAUGCUGGGCCUGACAUCCCGGUGUGUGCGCAGUUUCUGCUGGUGGCCGCGCUGUUCGCGACAGAGAUGUGCAUGUCGUUUGAGCAGAUUUACCUGAUCCUCAUCAUGCAGUACUUGUACGUCCCUAUCUCCCUCAUCUCUGUGAGCGGGAUUGUGUGUGGCGCCACCAGUAUGAUCACCCUACCAACACUCAGUGUUCUGAUGGACCGGGGAUCGAAUCCCAAGAAGCGCAAACUGUUUGCUAUAAGUUUGGGGAUGAUCGUGUUCUUGUGCGGUCUCUCCCUACUCAUCAUCUGCGGUUUCAUCAAACUCGCCCUCUUCAACAAACUUUCAUCGUCUGCAAACUCCAACCAGACUCUACCACCAACAGACAUCAUCAACACAACAGACCCCGUCCCAUUUUUAAACGUCACUUCCUCUGACGCCGUCGACUACGCCCACCUCCCAGUGACGGUGUUUCUGUCCAUCUUGGGUUUCACCAUGCUCGAUAUCGGAUUUGAUUUAAGCGUGUCAAUCACCCGCGCUUUAAUUGUAGAUAUCACUCCGCCGUCCCAGCAAACCAGGCUCCUCAUCACCGCCACCGUGGCGCAAUCUAUCGCCGGGACUAUUUUUUCUAUGAUCGGCUGUUUCGACAUGCCGCACAUUUUAGAAGAUUUGUUCCACGUCGAAGGCGUCGCUGCGACCCUCUUGUUCUUCUGUUUCCUGUUGUUCGCGGUGGUGUUGUUCUGCUACACGUCCACCAUUUCGACCGGUUAUUUUUUACAGCACAGACUGAAAACAUCACAGUCGAUAAAAAAUCCCCCGCAGAUUGAUUCAGAAAAGACAUUCAAAGUUCCGCAAAUACCGCAGGUGAAUAAAAAAUUGAAGCGUUUGUACAACCCCGGAGAAAAGGAAGAGCUCAAGAAACCCCUCCUGCAAAAACAAGAUACAGAUUCAUACUCCGCCAUUCAAUAUAUACGUCAAGGCAGCUUUUCAGAGAAUGAGUCCAAACAACCGUACGCCCAAGAAGUCUCCGAAAUGGCACCUUUUGCAAAAACCCGCCUUUCUCAAAAACCUUUUGAGGAACUUCAUUCCAAAAAACUCGAUGGUAAUCAAAAUAACGCGGAAAAAAUAAUCCCGAAAAGAAAAAUGAGCAGUUCAACAAAGAAAAUCGCCGUGUUGGUGGUUGCGACUUUUUUCGCCAUCGGCAGCGCCAUGUGUUUCGCCGUGUACGCCGCCAACAGCCUGACGGUCGGUAUCUACCAGGGCGAGCCCACGGCGCUUCCGGGCACCCCCGGCUACGACCGGUACGAGUACGGCCUGCGCAAGUCUGCCCAGGGGAACCUGAUGCACUACAUUACCUACAUGGCCGUCAGCGUCUGCAAUAAAAAGAUUAUUGACAUCCUAGGGGAGAAAAUCCAGUACAUUUUGCUGGGCGGAUUUCUCCUGAUUUCACUGGGUGUUCUCCUCGUGUUGCGAGAGCCGGUGGCCUAUUUCAUCUUCAUGAUCUGUGCUGGGGCGUUUCGAUCCUGCGUCUACACCAUCCCUUUCAUCUUGGCCAACAAGUUCACUCAGGAGGACUCAACAAAACCAGUUCUCAACGUGAGCCGGCUGAUGACGUUGAUUGGGUUCCUCAUCCCCUGCCACUACAUCAUCGUCUCCAUCAUCAUGGGCCCCCUCAUCGACGCCACCGGAAGUGUCUGGGUCCCAAUGUACUACUGCAUGGCCUCGGGCUCCCUAGCCAUGGUUGUGUUCUCUUUCCUCUUCUUUAUCAAGUAACUGUGGCCGUGGUAGUGUUCUCUUUCUUGUUCUUCAUCAAGUAACUGUGGCCGUGGUAGUGUUCUCUUUCUUGUUCUACUUCAAGUAACUGUGGCCGUGGUUUACAUGUUCUUUAUCAAGUAACUGUGGCCGUGGUAGUGUUCUCUUUCUUGUUCUACUUCAAGUAACUGUGGCCGUGGUUUACAUGUUCUUUAUCAAGUAACUGUGGCCGUGGUAGUGUUCUCUUUCUUGUUCUUCAUCAAGUAACUGUGGCCGUGGUAGUGUUCUCUUUCUUGUUCUUCAUCAAGUAACUGUGGCCGUGGUUUACAUGUUCUUUAUCAAGUAACUGUGGCCGUGGUAGUGUUCUCUUUCUUGUUCUUCAUCAAGUAACUGUGGCCGUGGUUUACAUGUUCUUUAUCAAGUAACUGUGGUCGUGGUUUACAUGUUCUUCAUCAAGUAACUGUGGCCGUGGUUUACAUGUUCUUCAUCAAGUAAUUGUGGCAGUGGUUUACAUGUUCUUCAUCAAGUAAUUGUGGUCCUGGUUUACAUGUUCUUUAUCAAGUAACUGUGGCCGUGGUUCACACAAGUAGUUACAACCCGAGUUUCUCAAAUCCAUUCGUUUUACCAAAAUGUAAAUUUAAUGCCCGUUAUUGUUAAUUAUAUAUAUUUCAUUUUACAAAAUUAUUAUAUUUUAAUACCCAUUAUUGUUAAUUAUAUGUGUUUUCGUUUUACCAAAAUGUUUUAUUUUAAUGCCCAUUAUUGUUAAUUAUAUAUUUUUUCAUUUUACAAAUGUAUUAUAUUUUAAUGCCAGUUAUUGUUAAU